AUGUACCACCGCCAAGAGCGCGCUGCGUUUACCGUCACGUUGCUCGGCCUCGUGGGCACCUACCUCUGUCUCGUGUUGUCGUUGGUGAUGCCGUCACUGGUCACGUACCAUAUCGGUGACGCCGGUAUUCUGUUGUUGCACUUUCUCACAUUGCACUUUGGCCUCCCAACGGCCUCACCCAGCCAGCGUCAUGCAUCGCCCAAGGUGCGAACGUUCCAAUUGCGGUCGCACUCGAUCGUCGACGACCCGUUUGCGACCGUGCAGCUCGAAGACCUCCAGAGCUUCUUACUUGACGCCGUGCACUUCGACCAGUUUCUCGCCCACGCAGUGGAGAUGCAGCGGGUGACCGAGCUCCUCACGUGGCAGCUCGUACAGCACUACAAGGCCAAGCGCGUCUCGAUCAAGGUCGUCUACAACCUCUGCUUGGCACCCCACGCGGUCCUUGGGUCGAACGCAGCGUCUGCGCUCGGUCCCCGCAUCGCCGCCUUUGUCAACAAGCCACAUUCCGACAUUAUCGAUCGGCUUCUCGAUACGCUUCAUGAUAAGCUGCUGCGAGUGCUCAUCAACGACGUCCUCCCGAGCUAUCGCGACAGCAGCCCGACGUGGGACACGUACUUGCACCGGUCCAACAUUUUGCGCGACUGCGCCCAGCCAAAGGGCCCGCAAAUGCCCGAAAGCAUCUCGGCCACGGCGCUGCGCGGAACAAGCGAUUUAGAGAGCGGUGGUCGAGCGGUCUCGAGCGACCGAAGCGGGUCGGCGCGUCGUGCGGGCAGCAUCCUAUCAGCAGCGUCGCUCGGCCUCAGCCCUUCGUCACGGCCGCGCGCCCCCGAGCGCCAAGGCACAGUAUUCACAGCACGUUCCAUCAUGCUCGCGCCGUGA